AUGAACCAACAACUCGAGAUGCAGCUGUCGCUGUUCCAUUCCGUGUCAAGGGCGCUUGACAACUUUAAGAAAAUCGGGAAGAACAAUUUUACUCCCGCGAAGAUACGGUCGAGAAUGACAUCGCUGAAAGAGACGUGGCAUCAGUGCCAGCUAGGGCACGCCGCGCUCUUGAAUCUUUGCUCCGGAGCCGAGAGGAAAACCACCCCUUACUUCCAGGAGGGUCAACUAGAUGCACACGAGGACAUCUUCCAGACGGCGCUGGACUACAUGGCCGAUCAGCUCGAGAUACUGGAACCAAGCGUGAGCCCGAACCGAACCACCGAACAAUUUUCGUUUUCGCGAUCCGAGACAUCCGCGCUCUCGUUACAGCAUCUUCCGCCUAUCCAACUCCCUCCGUUCUCCGGCGACGUAGUCGAGUGGGAGACCUUUCGAGAUCGCUUCACGUCCCUAAUUAUCGAUAACAAAGACAUAUCCGAUUUUUCGCGAAUGCAUUUUCUAGCAUCGAGCCUGACCGGUCGCGCUCGCGAUACAAUAGCCGGAAUUUCUGUAACCGCCGAUAAUUUUAAAACCGCAUGGGACGCCCUUGAAGCUCGCUACGAAAAUAAGCGGAAAUUGAUCGAAACGCACGUGGCCUCUCUGUACAAUCUCCCAUCGUUAACCCGCGAGUCCGCCGCGGAUCUACACGCGUUGCGCGAUCAAGCUGAUCGCGCGAAGUCCGCUCUGGAACGGCUCGAUCGAACCCCUGAAGAGCUCUUCAACGACAUACUAGUGUAUUUCGUAUCGCAGAAAUUAGACCCCGCUACAAAGCGAGCGUGGAAAAUAAAGUGCUGCUCAGACACAGCAAAUCCGUUACCUACGUACGACGGUCUGAAAAAGUUUCUGAGCUCGCGAGCUGUCGCGCUCGAGGAAAUCGCGCCUGCCGCGAGCGCGAAGACUCGGAUCGUAAAAUCACACAACGUCGCCGCCGCGAAAACAAAAGAAAUCGCGUGCUCGUUGUGCAAGGGCACACAUUACUUAAGUAAAUGUCCGAAGUUUCUGAGUAAGAGCUCAAUUCAAAGACGCGAAUUAAUCAAACAGACAAACCGUUGCUACAAUUGUCUGAGCGCGAAGCACUCGGUGAGCGAGUGUACAAGCACGUUCACCUGUCGCAUGUGCCAACAGAAGCAUCACACGUUGUUACAUAACGACUCGGUCUCUUCCUCGAGCGCCACGCAAGCGACGGAUCAAUCCGGCGGUACCGCGCCGAGCGGAGAUUCAUCCACCGCCUCGCAAGUUACCGCUAUGACUUCCACUACCGUCGCCGCUGAUCCCACGCCAGUUUUACUCGCGACCGCCGAGGUCACCGUACGUUCGCGAAACCGCCAAACCGAAGCCGUCAGAGCCCUGAUUGACCAGGGUUCCGAAGUCACUUUCAUGAGCGAAAAGCUGGCUCAACUUUUACGGGUGACUCGCACCCGUACUCGCACCACCAUUUCCGCAGUCGGGGGCGCGUUUGCCGGGGUCUGCCGACACGCGGCUUCGAUAAUUAUUUCACCGCGCGAAAAAGAUAAACCGGAGUUUCGGACUCUCGCAUUCAUUCUACCAUCGCUCACCAAAUACGCCCCGCGUACGGAAACUUCCGUCUCUAACUGGAGUCACUUAGAAAAUAUUCACCUCGCGGAUAGCCACCCCACGGGAUCGCGUCCGAUCGAUAUCAUUAUCGGCGCCGAUCUAUACGGCGACCUCAUAAUGAGCGGCGUCCGUAAGGGGCCCAAAGGCCAACCAAUAGCUCAGCAAUCGCAUCUCGGUUGGCUCCUUUCCGGGCCAACGAUGAAUCGACCGUUUCCGCGUCAAGAGAUUCGAGCGUUUCACUGUUCUCUCGAACGGGAGAUUCGCAGAUUUUGGGAGGUCGAGGAUCUUCCACACCACGCGACACUCUCGCCAGCCGAGAAGCAGUGCGAGAAUCAUUUUCGACAAACGCAUACGCGAGCGGAAGACGGGCGAUACAUUGUUCGAUUGCCGUUCAAAUCCCAAGCCCCCGUCGAUAUGGGCCGCUCGAGAGCAGUGGCGUUGCAGCGAUUAAAUUCCCUGAGACGGCGCCUCGAUCCGUGCCCAGAAAUGAAGAAGGAGUACUCCGACUUUCUCGCCGAGUACGAGAGUCUCAAGCACAUGACGAAGGUCGAGCCUCCGUCGUUGACGAUAUCAACGGCCGUGUAUAUCCCUCACCAUCCCGUAAUUCGCAAUUCUAGCUCCACGACCAGAUUGAGAGUCGUGUUUAACGCAUCGAGUGUCACAUCGAGCGGAACGUCUCUCAAUUUACACCUCCACGCAGGCCCAAAGUUGCAAACGGAUCUUACGGCCGUCCUACUUCGAUGGCGUACAUAUCGCUACAUCUACAGCGCGGACAUCGCGAAGAUGUACCGACAGAUCUGGAUCGAUCCUCGCGAUCGGGAUUAUCAGAGAAUCUUAUGGCUGAAUCCGGAGAGUUCCGACGUGCAGGAUUACCGACUUAAUACCGUGACCUACGGGACAGUAUCAGCUCCAUUUCUCGCUCUUCGCGUGCUCAAUCAACUUAUAAAGGACGAAGGCGACCAAUUUCCCCUCGCGGUUUCGAUUCUCACCGAUAAUAUUUAUGUCGACGACGUUCUGUUCGGUGCCCACUCCAUAACUGAAAUAAAAUUAGCUCGCGCUCAGCUUUGCGAUCUCCUGCUCCGAGGAGGUUUCACGUUAAGAAAAUGGGCGAGCAAUCGAGCUGAAUUACUCUCCGAUAUUCCGUCGGACGAUCACGGUCUAGCGUGUAACCGUGACCUCCAGAUAGACGAAAGCGUCAACAUCCUCGGAAUAUCCUGGAAUCCGUCUAUCGACGCGUUUCAGUUUCGCGUAGAUCUAUUGCCCGAAGUUCCUCGAACCAAGCGGCAGGUGUUAUCGGCGAUAGCUAAACUCUUCGAUCCUCUCGGGUGGGCUUCCCCCACCGUUAUAUUCGCGAAAAUGUUCAUGCAAACGCUAUGGACUCUUAGUUUAAACUGGGACGAUGUCUUGCCGCCGGACGAGCGUAACCACUGGGAAACCAUCUACCAUUCAUUCAUCAAUCCAAAUCAAAUAACCAUUGACCGUUGGACCGGACAAACAUCCGACUGCGCACGCUGCGAACUUCACGGAUUCGCCGACGCGUCCACCAAAGCUUACGCGGCUUGCGUAUAUUUGCGCACGGCUUUGCCAUCCGGCGAAAGCACCGUCAGAUUACUCGCCGGCAAGUCUCGAGUCGCACCGAUCAAAACAAUUAGCGUGCCACGUUUGGAACUUUCCGCCGCUCUACUUCUAACCCGCCUGAUCACGUUCAUCCAAAGUUCACUCAAUCUGAGUUCGAACCCUUGUUUCUGCUGGACGGAUUCCACCGUCACAUUAACUUGGAUUCGAGCUCACCCAUCAAAAUGGAAGACCUUCGUGGCGAAUCGCGUUUCAGAGAUUCAAACUCUUCUCCCUCACGCAAAUUGGCGUCACGUGUCAACCAACGACAACCCCGCUGAUUGCGCGUCGCGAGGCCUUCUCGGCUCGGAGCUCCCGUCUUUCGACCUUUGGUGGCACGGUCCCGCCUGGCUCCGCCGCGACCCUAUCGAGUGGCCCGCGACGAGCGAUCAGCUCUCUACCGAAGCAGAUACGGACGCGCGUUGCGCGAACGUACACAUCGCACACGCCGAUGAAUCGUGGGGUUUGGCUACUCGUUUCUCGAGUUGGGCUAAACUCGUGCGAGUUACGGCUUAUGUCUUUCGCUUCGUGACGCGCU